AACAGUUCGCUCGGCCAACGUGCGAUCGGGACCUUCUUUCUCGCUGUAAACAUGGUACAAAUCUCGUUCUGUAAAAGUUAAUGUUCAUAUUGCGGAUGUAUUACAAGUUACUUGGAAGCGAGGUGGUUCUGUCUGAUCGGACUGGUAAGGCAGAUGGUAUGUACAUGAAGUAAGAAACACCGUACAGUCUGAGACACCAACCAUAUCUGUAAAGAAAUGGCUGGUACGAGCAUCCUCACAAACCGCACACUGGAAUGGGUGCAAGAGAAGGGACUUUGUUCUGAGCCCACUCUGGCUGCCUUGACUGCUCAGGGAUACAAGCAACUCACUGCAAUCCAGCUUUUAGCCAUUCCUGAACUACUAGCCAAGAAGGAUACAUUCCUUCAUGCUCGCACAGGGUCAGGAAAAACCCUGGGCUUUUUGUUGCCAACACUGGAGAGGUUGAGGGCAAUGGGGUUUAAGAAAUCUCAUGGUGUUGGAGCUUUAGUCAUAUCACCCACAAGAGAACUGGCUCUUCAGAUAGCACAGGUGUUGAAGCCACUUGCAGAGGCACAUGAUUUUAACUCCUUAACCUUAAUUGGUGGCAAAAAGUUAAAAGAGGAGGAAAAGAAAGAUGGCUGUAUGCUGAUGGUGGGAACACCAGGGAGGCUAACAGAGAUCUUGACAGCCCCUGAGCCAGAUUUCCGCAUUGCAAAACUGAAGAUCCUGAUUCUAGAUGAGGCUGACAAACUCUUCGAUGACAGCAUGCAUACUGAGUACCUGAGGAUGAUAUGCAAAUGUUUACCUCUAGAAAAAAUGCAGAAAGUCUUAGUAAGUGCCACAGUUAACCAAAAAUGCUUGAAGCUCGCCAAGCAAAUUCUCAAAACAGAAUUUUCUUACCUUACAUCAGAGAAGAAAGUAUCACCCACAACCAAGCAAAUAAAGCAAAGUUAUCUUUUAGUGAGCACAACAGAGAGGGUUCCAAUGUUAGUAACAGUUUUGCGCACUCUGAAGAAAAAGAAGGCCAUAGUGUUCUUUAAUUCUUGCCAUUCCGUGAAGUUUCACCAUGAAGUUCUGAAGCAUUUUGGGCUGCCCGUCCUGUAUUGUGUUGGCCAAGAGAAGCAGAGCCAGAGGAGUAAUAUGUAUACCAAAUUUGUGGAAAUGGAGAGAGGAAUCCUUUUGACAACCGGCAUGGCAGAACGAGGGUGGGACAUCCCAGGCGUUCAGUGGAUUGUGCAGUAUGAUCCCCCCCAUAAACCUGAAGACUACAUUCACCGAAUUGGUCGCACUGGCCGUGGUGAAGGACAGACAGGACAGGCGCUCUUAUUCCUGCGACCAGAAGAAGAAAAAUUUAUUGCUGUUUUAAAGGGAAUGAAUGUUGAGAUUGAUCAGCUAGAAUUCCAGGGAGAGUUUAAUGAUAUACAACAGCAGCUGUUCUCACUGGUUUCUGAUGAUAGAGACAUCCGCCAGAUAGCAAAAACAGCAUACAAGAAAUUUUUACGAGCCUACCAGUGCCACAAGCUCAGAAAAAUAUUUAAUGUUCAAACCCUGGAUCUGAACCAAGUCUGUCAAGCUUUUGGCUUCACAAAACCACCUUUGGAACUUGGCAAGCUGACGUGAGGUUUUAAACAGGAUUUAAAGAAUAUUAGUC